AUGGUUAGCCUAUUGGAUUAUUACCCUUUUCCGCUCAUCGGCUCCUCGCCUUACCUCGGCGCCGUCGCAGGCCCCUCGUCCGCGUCCUAUCCGAUCCUCACCACCCUCCCGGACCCGAUGACAUUCACCGUCGUAGCCAUCUCAUCGAACUCGACCAGCACCAAUCCUCCCCCCCUCCUGAUCGACCUUCCCUUCACCUACGACACCCAUAACCACAGCUUUCCCACCAUCACGUCCCCAGUCACCCAACUCCCUACGCAACAACCCCUUGCGGAUUUCGCCAUCGAGAAGCCCCUUUACCCCUGGUGGUACGCCGACGGUCUCAAGGUUCCGGCAUGA